AUGCACCACUCGUUUUUUACCCCAAAUUCCUCCAUGUACUUGGGGCCGCACGGGGAGCCCCUGCUGUCACGCACUGGCUUCAUCCUGCUCUCCGUGGUGAUGGCCCUUUUCACCGGGCCGGCUAUCUUGCUCAACGCUACAGUGAUCAUUGUGUCCCUCAUGCACAAGCAGCUGAGGCAACCGCUCAACUACGCUCUGGUGAACAUGGCUGUGGCAGACCUGGGCACAGCCAUGACCGGGGGACUUCUGUCUGUAGUCAACAACGCCCAGGGGUACUUCUCCCUGGGAAGAACAGGCUGCGUGAUGGAGGGCUUUGCCGUGUCCUUGUUUGGUAUUACAUCAUUGUGCACGGUUGCCCUGAUCGCCGUGGAAAGGAUGUUUGUCAUAUGUAAACCUUUAGGGCAGAUAGCCUUCCAAAAGAAGCAUGCAAUAGGAGGUAUCGCCUUGUCCUGGCUGUGGUCUUUAACAUGGAAUGUGCCCCCCCUUCUGGGCUGGGGCAGGUACGAGCUGGAAGGCGUCGGGACGUCCUGUGCGCCGGACUGGCACAACCGUGACCCUCACAAUGUGUCCUACAUCCUUUGCUAUUUUGCCUUGUGCUUUGCUCUUCCUUUUGCAGUCAUCCUGGUGUCCUAUACGAAAUUACUGUGGAUGUUACACCAGGUAUCGAAGAUGGCCUGCGUGGAAGGUGGCGCAGUAGCUAAAGCGGAGAUGAGGGUGGCGGCCAUGGUCAUCAUCAUGGUCCUGACCUUCCUGAUAAACUGGUUGCCUUAUGCCUGCCUGUCCAUGUUGGUGGUCUACAACCCGCACGUGGAGAUUAACCCACUGGUGGCAACAAUGCCGGUUUACUUGGCGAAGAGCAGCACCGUCUACAAUCCCAUCAUUUACAUCUACUGCAACAAACAGUUCCGUAAGUAUGCAGUGCCUUUUCUACUGUGUGGCAAGAAGCUGUGGCUGGAAGACGACGACGCAUCAGAAGCAGCCACCGUGGUGGAAAUGACAGCCAACAAAGUGUUACCAGCCUGAAUCCUCCGAAUGUCUAAAACAAUCAAACAAGAAGCACUUGCCUGACGUCAAUAAAUCUGUUUGUGUGAAACGUGCAACAUGUACAGUAUAUAAACCUCUCUAAAACACCCCCGAAAAAGACUUCAGCAUGAGUUUAUUCAAUGAUGCUCAAUAGAAAAUAAAUAACAGAAUGGAUUUAGAUAAAGACAACGCCAAUAUCAAACAAAAAAUACAAAAAAGUAUUUUUACAAAACCCAAUUUUAUAUAUUAAAGCAUUUGCUACUAAGAGAUGAUGUCAA